UUAUGAAUUUCGAUUACAACUCUCGAGAAUAAAAUUGUUGUUAUAUUUUAUUUGUAAUUCCAUGAUGUCCUGAAAAUAACAAAAGUAUAGUGAGUAAAAGUUAUAUUUGGAGAAGUAUUCUGUACCAAAAAUACAAAUCCUGCGUGAAGUGCCUAGGUUCCUUUGUCUAACAUGUGUAGUGUUAGUAUAACAUUCAACAGUUAAUUAAAACGUUAUACUUUUCUCACGUUAAUAUUCUAGAAAUGUUGUCUUCAGUAGUAAGUUAACGUGUAUCAAAAAUGUCCGAAUACGAUCUUCAGUUUCAAGAGGAUCUGGAAAAGGCGCAGGCUCUGAGUUUAGAAAGUCUUGCAUUGGAACAGUUUCGAAGGCAAAAGCAUUUAGCUAGUUCAGAUAAUGUGCAAGACGCGGGGAAUGCUACUAUACGCCGCAAGGAGGACUGUGAAGGACCACUACCAGCAUUGCCACCUCCUCCACGGAAACCACCACGGCGUACUUCCAGUACUGAGAGCGCCAGGUCGACUGGCACAAGUCCUACGAGAACUGAGAGCAAAGACCUUAUAUCAUUUACCAGCCCUACUAGUAAAAGUGCACCAAAAGACUCUCAUGCCUACCUCAAGGAUUAUAUUGACCAGAUUUCUAAAUUGGGUCAGCAAACAGAAGAAUUAACAAUUGCAACCCCCGAACAAGCCACAAUGAACAAUCAGUAUAAUCAAAGGCCGGGCUACAAUUACCCACCUAGUAGCCAGUACCCUUACAAUUAUCCAACUCCAUACAUGCCGGUUCCUCCAUAUCCUCCCUCUACACCUUAUGGCAUGCCUGCCGCAUACCCCUACUACCCAGUGCAAGAAAUGCCACCACCAUAUGUACCCCAAGCUACCCAAAACCCAAUAUAUGCACCAACAGUACCAUAUACUCAAACAAGAAUGGCCGCUCCAUAUAUUCCAUAUCAGUCUCAAUACAAUUACAACACAACUAACAUGAUAACAAGACCUACAAGGCCAAUUUAUCCACAAUUAAGUCAAAUGCACACGUAUCCGACACAAAAACCAGCACAAAAAGUUGAAAUUGAAAAUAAUAAUACACAAGUCAACGAUCAAAAGGUUCGGAAUUCGGAGGUCAACGUUGAGUCAAACGAAGCAGUGGACGCAGUAGGCAGUUUACCGAAAUCCCAGAACUUGAUAGACUUCGGUCUGAAGCCGCAAGGUAGCGUAAGAGUCAGUGUGCUCGAAGCAUUUGACCCGCUUUUAACUGAGCAAAAUCAUUCGGACUACGCAGCAGGUAGUACGUCGUCAAGCGUACGUAGCGUGUACGAAGAUUACGAUCCGUUGGAUUUCUUGUAUGGGGAGACGGAAUUACGAGAAGCCCCGAUAUAUGGGACCAUAAAUAAAAAAGAAACGGUGUUGCCAUCGCCACCUCCAAAGUCAAUUCCAAGUGUUGCUCCGACAGUUAAACGACCGACUACGAAUAAGCUAUACGACUGUAUAGAGAAGAUACACACAAGAAAUUACGACAGCGAGCACAAGGCGUUCUUGAAAAUGGUUUUAGAUGUUAGAAAAAAGUUUGUACACACCGAUGAAAAAACCAACCCAGGGCAUGUGAUAGCCGGGCGAUCGGGUGGCAAAUACCCGCCCAAUACCAGUAUAAAAAUUCUAGUCUAUAACUCACACACGGAUGAGCCCAUCACGUUUACUUCUGAUGCGGAGUCCACAGUAGAUCAUGUAAUCCUUACAGUAGUGUGUUCUCUUGAUGAAGAUAUUCGAGAGGAUAUGUCAGGAUAUAUGCUUAGGGUAUGGGGUGCCAAAGAAUACUUAACGCCGGGUAGUUCACUAAGUGAAUACGAUUAUAUACGUGAAUGUGUACGCUUAGAAAAGGACGUACGUUUAUGCCUAAGUGAGGGGAAAGAUACGUCACUAGCAAGGACAGAAAGAGAUGACGCGAAGGACACGCAUCUGACUUUAGAUGAUUUGAUACCAGUACAAGGAGCGACGCUUGUGUUGACGUUUGAUAAUUUGUCUAUUCUGCUAGAGACCUUAGAAGGAGAAUUAUCCCGGGCAGUGGGUGUGGUAGGCGCUGAAGGCUGUUGUUCGCCAAAUGGCGUGUUUCAAGCGGUUAAAGCGAUAUGCGCACUCGCAGGUGGACUUGAAACUUUGCACGUGACGCAUACGUUGAACGCGUUCGCUCAAGCGUGUACGGCACAGGUAACAGGUGCAGUGCGUCCUGAAAUUCAGUCAGACAACGGCCCAUACUGCUCAGUAUCUGUACGCGCGGCCAACGUACGCGAAACGCUCGUUCAACAGUGCGUACGCGUUCGUGAUGCUGUUAGGGGAUUGUUGGCACUCUAUACUAGGAGCAGUUUGUUGGACUUUAGAUUACCAGAUUCUCCCAUAAUGACGCCUGAUCCGUCAAAAGCCGUCCCAGCAGAUACAAUAACAGAAACUACAUUGUUCUGCAUCGAGGCUGUGCAUUGUCUACCUCACUGUUGGAACCAUGACGAAUUCCUGUUUCAUGCACAAAUAUACUACGGCACUAGACCGCUCAAGACCUUACACCUAACUCACACUUCUGGCGUCGAAAAUGGCGGCUUCUAUCCGCGCAUCAUAUUUGAUAUAUGGUUAAACAUGGAAGACAUGCCAAUCUAUUCCCUUCCUCGCGAAUCGCGUCUAGUACUGACCUUAUACGGUCGUACGCAGCGGACGGACUCGCACGAGCCAGAGGCGAACACGCACGUACAAGAAGGCAGCGCGGUUGGAGAUGUACAAUAUGUACAAACGGAACUAGGAUGGGCGGCUAUACAGAUGUUUGACUAUGAUGGCAUGCUAAUAUCAGGCAGCUACGUGCUUCCCUUGUGGCCUAGCUGCUGCGAUAGAAGGCUCGGCCCCGCCCCGCAUCCCGCUGCCUCACCCCCCUCGCCAUACCCUCUUCUUAAUAUUGAAAUUCCUUCAUACAACCGCUUGGGUGUGAAAUGGGUGGAAGCAGAGGAGAAAUCCAUAUCAGUUAAGGAUUUACCAUCGUUUGAAUCCCUGGACGGCCACACUCAGUCGCAGUUGCUCCACCUGACUGAACAAGGGGCUUAUCAGAGGAUGCCCAUCGAAUGUAGGGAGAUAAUGUGGGAAAAAAGGCAGUAUUUAGUGGAGCUCCCUGGAGCCUUGCCACUGGUUUUAUUAGCUGCAACCAACUGGGCAGGAGAACAGAGAGCUCAAUUGAUAGGUCUGAUGCAGUUGUGGGAGAAACCAUCACCACUUAACGCCAUGCAUCUUCUUCUACCUUGUUUUCCCGACCUGGCAGUUCGCAAAUUAGCCGGUCAGAUGAUACAGGGCAUGUCUGACGAUGAUUUUAUAAGAGUUCUACCACAACUUGCGCAGGCGCUUCGUUAUGAGACGUACGAGUGUAGUACAUUAGCUGAGGUACUAUUGUCUAGAGCCUUGUCGUCACCAGGAAUCGCACACAAACUGUUUUGGCUUUUGGUCCACUCUUUACCCAAUGUGCCACAGGCAUCAAGCGAAGAAUUUUUGGGGAUAACUCUGGAAGAGAACGGCAGUGAUGGUGAAUCUCCAGACGCAAGUAUCACAAGUGCUUGGAGAUACAGGAUGCUCCUGAAAGCUUUGCUCGCUGUUUGUGGAGACGCACUUAGGGACACCCUGUUGAGGCAGCAAAUGCUUGUUAAGAAUGUAUCAGAAGUAGCGAUGUCAGUAAAAUGUGCCAAAGAAAACCUUAGACAACGAGCUUUGUAUAUGGGAGGAGAGAAACUGGCGACAUUUUUGCGUCAGGAACCUGCUGCUUUGCCGUUCGCAUUACAUCGUUAUGUUCACGAUAUCGAUAUUAAGUCGUGUUCGUACUUCUCAUCUAAUACGUUGCCAUUAAAAAUCAACUUCAUCGGUGUAGACAACGCAGUUGUACCCGCCAUGUUCAAGGUCGGUGAUGAUCUCAGACAAGACGCGUUAGUGUUACAAGUGAUCAAAGUAAUGGAUAGUCUGUGGCUUAAUGCAGGUCUCGAUCUCAGGAUUGUCACAUUUCAAGCACUUCCUACCAGUAAUAAAAGAGGGAUGAUAGAAAUAGUAUCGGAAGCGGAAACAUUACGCGCGAUACAAACGGAAUGGGGACUCACGGGAUCGUUCAAGGACAAGCCCAUAGCCGAGUGGCUCGCUAAGCACAACCCAUCGGAGCUUGAGUACCAAAGGGCUAGAGAUAAUUUUACUGCUUCGUGUGCCGGGUACAGUGUGGCGACGUAUUUACUGGGCAUAUGUGACAGACACAACGAUAAUAUCAUGUUGAAGACAUCGGGACACCUCUUCCAUAUUGAUUUUGGAAAGUUUCUUGGCGAUGCGCAGAUGUUUGGGAAUUUUAAACGUGACCGGGCUCCAUUUGUACUAACUCACGACAUGGCGUACGUAAUAAAUGGCGGAGAUCGGCCCACGCAGCGCUUCCAGCAUUUCGUGGAAUUGUGCUGCAUGGCUUUCAAUAUAGUGCGAGCACAUCACGAUCAUAUACUGGAUCUUUUCGCUUUGAUGGCGAUGUCAGGCGUGACAGGCGUAACGAGCACGGCCGUAAACUACGUGCGAAGUGCGUUGUUGCCCGCCGCCACCAAUGCUGAGGCGGCGGCUGCGUUCGCCAGACUCAUACAUUCCUCGCUCAAGAGCAAAUUUACACCAAUCAACUUCUUCCUACACAAUUUGGCGCAACUGCGUGCGAGUGGAGACCAAGGGACUAACACUUCAGAAUUGCUGUCCUUCAUGCCGAGAACUUAUUCUAUGGCACAAGAAGGUCGCAUCGUACGCGUUGAGUGUCUCAGUUACGAAAAGCGCUACGACCCCGAAAAGCACUACGUAUACGCAUUACGUGUGUACAGACAAGGCCAGGCCACGCCCGCGAUUCUCUACCGCAGCUAUAAACACUUCACCGAGCUCUAUCAGAAGAUAUGUCUUCAUUUCCCACUAGCCAAAGUGCACAGUUUACCCUCCGGUCUACACGUGGGUCGCUCAAACAUCCGUCAAGUGGCGGAGAGACGUUUCGGCGAUGUCCAAGCAUUUCUGACGUCACUCUUCAACCUAGCAGACGAAAUAGCACACUCGGACCUCGUCUACACAUUCUUCCAUCCACUUUUGAGGGACCAACAGGAUGUCGAACCACAAAGGAUGAGAAGAGGUGAGACGGCGGAAGUGGAAAGCAGUGGUUCGGGAUCUUUGAAGCUGUCAGUUCAAUAUACGGGUGGAGUUCUGUCAGUGCUGAUACUGCAUGCGCAGUCGUUGGCUGUCACGCCUCAGGGAUUGCCGCCCAAUCCCUAUGUCAAGGUAUACCUAGUCCCAGACCCCACCAAAGAGACGAAACGCAAAACGCGCGUGCUCAAACGCAACUCGCACCCAUCAUUUAUGGAGAUGUUAGAAUAUCGCUUACCCCUGGACGUUAUCAAGAACAGAAGUCUCCAAGCCACUGUUUGGCAUUACGAUUCGUUACAGGAGAAUCAGUUUUUGGGUGGUGUGGUGAUACCUUUAGGUUCCCUGCCUUUAAGGCAAGAAACGGUGGCCUGGUACCCACUGGAGUACAUACCUCGGUAGCUAGUACUCGCUCGCUCCGCUUUGUGGAGUACGGACUUUUUUUAGAUAGAAAUGGUAGCUAAUGUGUUGGAAAUUUUAGUUUAUAUCGGUAUUUUCUUUUACAAUACUUCUGUUUUUUUUUUAAAAUUUAAAUCAGCCCUUUUGUACGCAUCAUGUAAGAUUUAGGAAAUUUCCUUAAAAACUAUUUGUAGCAAAUAUGGUCGGUUAUAUAGACCGGUAAACUUUAACAUUUCUUUGUCAUGUGUUUUGGGAGCAUUCGGGUCUAUCGAAUGUUAAAAUUGUAUGAACUUGUGCUUCAUGGUUUACGUACGCAUAUUGCAAACGUACGCAGUAAUGCGCGUGAGAUUUUUUUUUUGAUAAAGGUGAAAGAUACAUAAUGUUGUAUCGAAAUUGUAUGUGGGUUCUUGAAAUUUUACAUUCCAAAAAUUAUGAUUUAUGUGAUACCUUAUCAGAUUGGAAUUCAACUCAAUUAUACCUAUAUAUAAAGUGCAAUGAAUCAGUAAUUUGCAACGAUUUUUAUUGCCUAUAUAUCUGAAAAUGAAUUUGAUAAACAUAAACGACCAUUUGAAUAAAAGAAGCGUUUAAUUAUUUUUCCAAUGUAUUUUAUUUUUUUAUAAAUUUAUUUAAAUUAUAUAUAUUUUUUUAUAAUUUAAAUAAAUUUAAUAGUUUCGUGUGUAAAGUCGCUUAUACAUCAGUAGUAUUGUUUAUUGGUGCUGAUAAUAUAUUGCUUUUUCCUAUAUUAUGUAAUACUAAUAAAAUUAUUAAAAAAUAUCACAAAAAACGUAAAGGGUUUAAGAGUGGAAUGUGAAUGAUGUGUUUUUAUUCCUAUUAUAUAAAUAACAUCAGUAGAUAAAAUUGUGAAACAUUAUUAUCAAAUAGUUUCAUAUCAAAUGUAUUUUAUAAAUGUACUUGCUAUUUAUUGAACAUAUCGUAAUCGACAUAUAGCUUAUAGAAGUAGUAUUGAGAUCUGAAUGGUGUGAAGAUGUUUUUAAUAUCGUAUAUUAUAACUAUAUAGAUAUUUUUAGAUGAUUAUUUAUUGUCAUAGUUUCGGCGAUUCGUCUAUUUGGUCGCUGUCAAGUGUCAAGUCUUGACCAUUGUCAGAUGUGAAACUGUCAUGUCUUGAACAAUGCCAGUUGUCAGUGCCAAGUUUUGAACAGUGUCAAGUGUCAAUCUUGACAGUGACAGCUGGUGAAUUUCACGUUAUGCAUUGCAAAGCCUAUUUUGAUGUGCAGUAUUUGUGCUUAAUACUUAUAAAGGAACGAUGGAUGAUAUAGCACAAAUAAACCAGAAGUUUUGCUGUAUUGAAAUUUAGUAUAUAUUGCUUGGUGCUAAGGUGCAUUAUUCAAUGGACGUCAAACUUGUAUUACUGUCUUAUUGAGUUGGGUGAUAGUGCAUAAGGUGUUAUAUACACAAGUAGUUUGUGUUUAAAUGUAUAUUUAAAUUGUCAUUCAAAUGAGAAAGUGAGGCUCUGGCCUCCUCGAUUAUCAAUCAAAUAAAAGUAAUAACAUAAAGUUGAAUAAAAGUAGCGUUUAUUUAUUUCUCCAAUGUAUUUUAUUUAUUGAUAAAUUUAUUUAAAUUAUAAUCAAUGAUUUCGUGUGUAAUGUCGCUCAUUAAUCAGUAGUAUUGUUUAUUAAACUAUCAAAGUUGUAUUUAUGUUUUAACUAAAUUAAGUCGCUUAUUUAUUACUGUAAGUUGAAAGGCCAGUAAAAUUAUUAAGAACUAUUUGCAUAUGUAAGCAUUAGCGAAUGUUAAACUUGAACAUUUUUAUUUAAUAAAACAGUCUAGAUGGCUAAUUUCAUUGAAAGUGUGAAGUGUUUGCAAAAUGUGAUUAAGAUUCAAUUAAUCCCUUAAUCGGUCUCUUAUGUCAGGUUUUGAAAGUGUAAUUAAAACAUUAUUUUUUAAUUAAACAUACUGUAUAUUUGAGUAAUCCUUGUAUGGAUAAUUUUGUACCCACAUUAAAUACCCUUCCUGUUAGCACCUAUAUUUCAGAUAGGCGAUAUAGACAUCACAAGCGUAUUACAAGUAUGGCACGAUUAAAUAAUCAUACUUCAUACAAGACGGUAAAUAGGAAAACAAAGGUAAAAUGGUAACUCCGAGGUAGCGAUACCAUUAAUGUUGUUCGUUUGUUCAGUGUCCCAUACUUUUCUUGGCCGGUAAAAGGACGCUGUCAUGGGUAUUAGUAUUGCCAGUAAAUAAAAAUUAUAAGGGAAAUAAUUUGAAGUCGUGCAGGCGAACUUUAUAAUUUAUUUAAAUGUCUUAAUACAGUGUAUAGUAUUAUCUAGAAAAUAUAGUUCUGGGUUUUAAUAAAUGUGACACAAACUUAGUAACAACUGAUAUGAUAGGUUUUGUUGCCUGGACUAUUAAUAUAAUAUCUUUUAAGUUCAGCAAUCGGAAUCGUUCGAAAAUAAACUUUGCCAUUGUAAUAAUGCAAGGAAAAAAAAUAUUACAUAUAUAUUAUAUUUAUACAUACAUUUUGUUGGGUUUUUACUAGAUGUGUGUAGAUAGUAAAGUUAUUUAUUGUACGCAACAAAAUGGCGACGGUAGUUCCAACUAGAGCCACCACCGGCCGAGAAAAGUAUACCAUAGACGUUGACCUGAGCAUCCAUCGUUCCUAAUAUUAUAUGCUUCCAGUAUUUGCUCAAAUUGCUUUAACAUUGAGCACCGACUGAUGACUAAUGUGUACAUACUUUAGAUAGAUUUUGUAUCAAUUUUUCUGCAACGCGUAAACGAGACAUAAUAAUUUGUUGCAUUUUCAUAUUUAAUAAACUGCUGCGAUAUAA